GGGGGAGGGGGACGACGACAGUAGCUUACUUUACCAUCCGCCGCUGUGUGUUUUUAUUCAUUUUACUUUAUUUUUUAGUCACGUUAGUCCAACUUGCUGGUUGUAACAUUCGCUGACACAGCAAAUCUGAGAUGAGCUGAAGACAAUAGGAAGGAGCACUUCACUGCAGACUUUGGUACGGAUCUGAACUUCUGCUCUAACGUCAGGUGAUGCGCGUUGAGAGGCUUUAGCUUGGAGUCAGAGGUAUCAUGGAGGACGACUUCAGGCCUUUGCUGAGCCCAGAGCAGAUUGGAGAGAGCUACUCCAACCGAGGGUCCACAGACUCGCUGGACUUCAAGGCCAAAAGGCCUUUCCACGUGGAGCCCAGGAAUAUCGUAGAUGAUGACCCACAGGAGAGAGUCUCUGCUGAGGCUGCCAUCCUCAACAGCAGAGUCCAUUACUACAGCAGACUGACAGGCUCUUCUGACAGACUGCUGAGUCCUCCAAACCAUGUGAUCCCUGGGCCGGAGGAGCUCUACAUCUACAGCCCACUGGGGACGGCUUUCAAGGUGACAGGCAGCGACCACUCCUCUAAAAACCCCAGUAUCAUCACCAUAUUUGCUAUAUGGAACACAAUGAUGGGCACAUCUAUACUCAGCAUACCUUGGGGUAUAAAGCAGGCUGGUUUCACUCUAGGGAUCCUCAUCCUCAUCUUCACAGGCUUGCUGAUGCUCUACUGUUGUUACGUCGUCCUCAAAUCACCCAAGGCAAUACCCUACGUGGACACAUCCGACUGGGAAUUCCCUGAUGUUUGCAGGUACUACUUUGGCAAGUUUGGCCAGUGGUCCAGCUUGGUCUUCUCGAUGGUGUCAAUUAUUGGAGCCAUGGUGGUUUACUGGGUCCUCAUGUCCAAUUUCCUCUUCAACACCGGACAGUUUAUCUACAACUCUGCUCACAAUAUCAACAUGUCAGAUUCAGAGUUUGGAACCAACGGCUCAGAUAAAGUCAUCUGUCCAUUUCCGAACACUGACCCUGGACAGAACUACACCAUCAGCACACUUUAUCUUGCUAACAGUGGAAACGAUACUUCUGAUGUCAGCUCUUUUGAACACUGGUGGAGCAAAACCAACACUGUCCCCCUCUACCUCAUCACCCUGCUGCUGCCGCUGCUCUGUUUCCGCUCAGCCUCCUUCUUCGCCAGGUUCACAUUCUUGGGCACCAUAUCAGUGGUCUACCUGAUUGUGCUGGUCACUAUCAAAGCGGUCCACCUCGGCUUCCACCUGGAGUUCCACUGGUUUGACACGACCCAUUUCUAUGUUCCAGAGUUCAGACUGCUCUUCCCUCAGUUCACUGGUGUCCUCACUCUGGCCUUCUUCAUUCACAACUGCAUCAUCACCUUAAUGAAGAGCAACAAGCACCAAGAGAACAAUGUGCGGGACCUGUCUGUGGCCUAUCUUCUAGUGGGGCUGACCUAUCUGUACGUGGGAGUGUUGAUCUUUGCUGCCUUUCCCUCCCCUCCUCUCUUCAAAGACUGCAUUGAACCGAAUUUCUUAGAUAACUUCCCCAGCAGUGAUGUGAUGGUGUUUGUGGCUCGGACUUUCCUGUUGUUCCAGAUGAUCACAGUCUACCCCCUGCUGGGAUACUUGUUGCGGGUCCAGGUGAUGGGCCAGAUCUUUGGCAACCAUUACCCCAGUUUCUUCCAUGUUCUGGCACUGAACAUCUUAAUUGUUGGAGCUGGUGUUCUGAUGGCCAAGUUUUAUCCCAAUAUUGGAUCCAUCAUAAGGUUUUCUGGAGCAACAUGUGGCUUGGCUUUAGUGUUUGUCUUCCCUGCCUUAGUCCACAUGAUCUCUCUGAAAAGGCAGGGGUCUCUGCGCUGGCCCUCAGCCCUCUUCCACAGUUUCCUGAUCCUGCUGGGCUUGGCCAACCUGCUGGCUCAGUUCUUCAUGUAGAGAAGAUGACAGACACAGACACUCUAAACUAUUUAGACGCAAGAUUAAAAUAUGUGAUUGAGAUCUCAAAUGGGAAUCUCUGAAACAGAAUAAAGAAUAACUGAGUGCAUAAUCACAUUGAUGAAUUUAUUUCAUCAGGAAGACAGACACUGCUCCAAAUGAAGGAUCAUGUCCGGGAUGUGGAAAUAAGGAACUGUUUGCUAACAAGUUCAUCAUAUCAACUUUAAAGGUGAUGCCAAUGUUGUGUUCACAAAUGUUCUUUUAUUGCAGGUUUAAAUUUGUUACACGUUUAAGCUUUACGAGUGGAUUUUAUGAUCACAUAGAGUUGAGUCAUGCUGACACCGAGAAAGCAAUUCACUAACUUUGUGAUUAUGAUAACUAUUCAUGUGCUUUGAGGGCAGCCAUGAGGUGUGCAUAGUUUUGGAAAUUUUUUUAAAGUUUAUGAGCAGUGUUAACUUGUUGACAUGUUUGCAUUAUGGCUAUUUUCUAAGUACUUGGUCUAAUGUGUUAUAUAUAACUAAUGAUAGGAUGGACAAAGGGAAUAUAUGCAUGGAAAUAAACAAUAGGAGAAAGUUUCCUUUUCCUGUUUUUAAUCAAAUUGUAAGAUGAGACAAGAUAUAACUUUAUUUAGCUCAAGGGAAAUUGCUGUUCAACAGUUGCUUUACAAAGUUGGAAAGAGUGCAAAUAUAGGGAAAGCGUAAUUUCAAGGCACGCAAAGGUGGUUGGGGACAUAUGCAUGGAAAUAGACCUAUAAUACUGAUGUAUAAGUAGGAGCGCAAACUGCCUUCUGCAAGCAGUGGAAAUGUAGCUGCAAGGCGUUGAAAGGGUAAAGGCCAACAAAUACAUACAAAUAUUUUGUUACAUUAUCACGUGAUUUUGAAAAUGAUAACAUCUAUUUUUUUUUCAAUAAAUGUUAACUUUUGGAUUUUACAAAGCUCUGGAGUUUUUGGAGAUGUUUGGAUUACAAAAGUUGGAUCAGUCCUACGUAGUCCCACUGGACUCUAAUUUUACAAAAAGUAUAAUAAUAAUAGUGUAGCCUGAUCUUUGUCUCUACUUUGCAGAAAUACUGGAUUUAAACACAAUGAAUAGACAUGCAAAUUAAAUCUGCACGGCAUUCAAAUGUUGAAUUUCUAGAUAUACAGUGGGUACGGAAAGUAUUCAGACC